UAUUAAGAAAGGCUUAAAAAGCCCUGAAUUAAAUACUUUUUCGGGGGACAUUGUGUAUUGUACAAUGAUAUGUUUUGUUUGGUAAUGGCAACAGUUAAUGAAAAUUGCCAUCAAAAUAAUCAUACGUAAUUCAAAGUUGCAGUGUAAAAGAUCUUGAGCGCUUUAAAGUUUUUCCUCAUUCAAAUUAUUGAAGCCAGCAUGCCACUGCGUUGGUUUGGUCGAAGUUUUUCACCAGGCAAGGGUCCUCCUCAACGCAGCAGCUCCCUCAGUGCUCUUAAUAGAAGCCCUGCCCAGUUGCCUGCUACACUUGCUCAGGAUUAUAACAGAAUAGACAUGCGACUGUCCAAGGACCAGUUGGCAACUUUCGAGGACGGGACUUGGAGGUUGUCAGGACGAGGAGAUGUCGCGGACCGGAUCGUGCACCGCGCCGACCAGAAGCUACUCGACACCAUAGAAAAACUCCAGGCAGAAAACAGAGAAUUGAAACUGAAAACCGAGCUGCUUCUCGACAUGCUAACAGAGAAAUCUGCUGAGCAUCAGAUAGCGGAACAAGCUUUGAAGAAACUGCAGGCCAAGACCAGAAGUUAAGGAAGCGACGAUGGGGAGCUCGACC